UUACAGGGACACCCUCUUCUCCUCGUCACUUCUCUCUCUCCGCGCUUUCGCGUCCAUCUCCACCUCGACGGCUCCACCUCGAACUCAUCCACUCUUCGCCGCCAUUUCCAAACCCUCGAGCUUUUUCCCUAGAGAGAGGGGGCGAUGGGGAGUCGCUUGGGGCGCCGCGUGAUCCACUUCGCGAACAUGCCCAUAAAGCUCCUCCUCCCCUCCCCGCCCUUCGACUCCAUCCGCGAGAUCGCGUUGAAGACGAUCCCCUCCGCCACCAAGAUCGAGAUCCGCCGCGUCCUCGAGUCCCUCUACGGCUUCGACGUCGCCGAGGUCCGAACCCUAAACAUGGAGGGGAAGAAGCUCCGCCGCGGGGCCUUCCUCGCUGCGAAGCCCGACUACAAGAAGGCAUACGUCACCCUCAGCACCCCGCUCUCCAUCUCCCCCGACGUGUUCCCGAUCCGGAUCGUGCAGGAGGAGCGCGAGCGCAUCGCCGCGCGGGCGCGCUCCUCGAGGCCCGCCGUGGUCGCUGGCGAGGGCGGGGAGGGGGGCGGGGAGGGUGAGAAGAGGCAUUGGCUCGAUGAGAGGCGCGAGGAGUAUUUGGACGGUGGCCGUGGUAAGGGUGGGCGGAGGAAGGGGAAGCGGGCGGAGGGGAAGAAGACGAAGAAGAAGGUCGAGGAGGGGAAGUUCCCGUGGAGCAGCAUGCGCUUGUCCUCCAAGUAGGUUGCUUUUGUUUCGAUGUUUAGAUGAAGAUGAACACGAAAAAAGCACAUCUUUUUUAUGAUUUGGGAUGUGGGUCCUUGAGAAAUCAUACUAAUUUCGCUGUUUAUGGUUGCAAUUUCGGAGAUUCGUGUUCCUUUCUUUGCUAUGGAUUUGAAAGCUGGUAUCCUUGUAAUGUUGUAAUAGUGUUUUGUUUUUCGUAUGCUAUGUGUUCGAUGGAAUGCUGAGGAGGUUUUAGGAUGUUA